CUUUGAUCGACUGUGCUUGCUGUCCCGCAUUUUGCUUGUGCUUCAAUGGCCGUCAUGAUACCACAUCCUCGCUGCUGGGAGGCAGCCAUGCGGUCAUGGAAGUGCAACCUCGUCCUCCAACGAGAGGACCACAUGAUGGAGGGAUGCAACGACAGGCGCCUUGCAGUAAGGUUAUCACAGGCUCCAGCGGCAUUUUCAACCCGAGGUUUGUCGCCGUCACCGUCGCCUGCGCGUCUGAUGAUUCAAUGCCCGCCCACAUGGGAUCGUGAUGCGUGCGCCUUGUGGAAUCUUAUCCAUCAGCUAUCCCUUGCCUAUCAGAGGACGGCGAACCACCAGCUCCAACCUACAGGACGCCACAGGAGCACAGAUGGCUUCAUCACAUUUCAUCACGAGGCCUCCUCGCCGUGUCUCGGUCGUCCAAAUCGAAUUGCCCGGUGAGCCAAUCGACACAGGUGCAAUUCGCGUCUGUCAUGAAGCCCGAAGAAGGACCCCGUCCCCCUCACUUCCAUGGCUUGGGGCUUGCAAGUUGGGGCUUUCGGACAUGGGGCCUGGAUGGGCUUGGGCCUCUCGUCCCGCAUGGCCCACGCC